CCUGCUAGCAUUAGCUGCUUUAGCGUAGUGGGAAGCAUGAUGGUUGGUGAUGUAUUAAUCCAUUUUUAAACUACAGCUUCUGAUUUUCGUUGCUUUUAUUAGGUUCCUGUUCUUUUUUAGUUACGGUUCACACAAAUUCCAAACUUCCCUGAUAUUUUUAACUUUGUCACAUUAACUCUUACUUGGCUAACGAAGGCGCAAUUGUUAUUUUUUUAAAUUUUCAUCUAUUGUCAGAAGUCUUUUAAAAAUAUUUUCUAUUGCAGCUUUGGCAGCUAGGCUCUUCUAUGUUAUUACUUUCCAUUUCACUAACAUAUAUUUAAGUUAAAUGCCUAUUAAAUGGAUCACAUGUUCGCCAAGAAGCUAACAAAGCUAGCCUUGUUUGCUUUUAGUGUUAGCUUUUAGCUAGGCGUACUAAAAGGCUAAAUUGUACUUCUAAGAAGGUAAAACACGGGAUAAAAACUUUAUUUUUUGUCGUAUUAGUAGUGACAUGAAUAAUAUAUGACGUACAUUGUUCGUGUUGCCAUACAGACAACGAAUUUUCUCCCAUUUAUGUGCUCGAGUCAAAAAAACCUGUGUUGUAUAACAUUCUCUUUUGUUGCUAACUAUUUGCUAAACUGCAGAAACUAAGUGCUAUAAAUUAAACAUUUAAUUGAUUUAUAUUCUCUAGAUAGAUCGUUUCCCUCAUUUUAAAAGUUUAACUGUUGGAUUUUUACCACAAAAUAGAGGAAAAAUGUAGAAACCGUUGGGAUGCUCUGUUAUGAUCGAUUUCGCAUGUGUGAAUAAAAGUGGCUCUUGAUGGUUUUGAUCUGGGCAUGUCUGUCAUGCUUACCGUUGUUUGUUACUUGAGAGGUGAUGUUGCAACAUGGUUGCAUCAGCCCCACCAUCCCUAUUUGUGCUUUGCAUCUUGGGAAAAUCUAUUUUAUGGUUUAGAUCGUAAAUGCACAGGGGGGUGACAUUUAUGAAUAGCAAAAGACUAUGCACUUCCUUGCAUCUGCACACUCACUGUGAUAGGCAUAAACUGUGGCUUUUUCUGUCUCAUUGAAAUAUUUGGUCAGAAAGGAGGAAGUCUUGUGGAAAGAGCCAGCCAUCUUUAGUUAUUACAACACGGUUACUGAUUAACAGAAGUUUUCUCUGUUCUGUCAUCGGCUCUGGUUGUAAAUGACAGUUACAAGUUCAUUCAAAGUGAGGUUGGUGCUGCUUUUACAACUGUACUAAUAUCUACAGAUUAGCAGCACGUGCUUCAUCGUUAUGUAACUGUGUCGCUGGGUUUUGAAGCAGUUACACUAAGAAGAAUGGAUGCAGUCUAAAGAUCUGUGGAAUGUUUUGAGAUAGUGGUUUUUGGCUCCGCUCCGCUGAUAAUGUCUCUGGGAUCUGUGAAGCCUGGAGAGGCUUUCAAGUUUGGUAUUUUAGCAAAAACUGAAAAGAGGUAAGCCUUUUGCUUUUGGGGUUGUAUUUCUUUUUUGCUCCAAAUUUCUCAUUCUUGCUUUCUUAUUUAUCUUAUAUCAUUCUUGCUAUCUUGAAAAUGUAUUUUUAAGUAAGCUAGGUUUCUAUGGGACUGCUCUUUUUUUCGCCCUCAUCCACAGUGGGCCAACAAAUCCCACAAGAAUAGAUUUUCCCGAAUGGUCACUGAUCACCUGCCAGAAUGGCUGAAAGGAGCUCAGAUUCACUGCACUGUGGCUGCUGCGUACAAACACUAAAUUCUUGGCUGCUGUUCAUUUUCCGCUCCGAUUGAGAAGUGCUGUAAGACUCCUCCAACCUUGCUAUGCUUUUAAUGCAUGAAAGACUGAAGUGUGUGACCACGGGAGGAGGAGGGAAUCAAUGGGAGGUGGCCUCAAGACCUCUAUCCUGUUCGUUGAGUUUCCGAUCAGUUCAAUCCCAGAUUAGUUUACUGACGGAGAUGCUGCUGAUCCUUUGCCAAAUCAGGCCUUCCAGCUGCACCCACAUAACCCUGGAGAGUACAGCAAACUGGACAAACAGACCAGAGAUGGAGACUUUCAUCCAGAGUUUUUUAAACGAAUGCUCGGCUAAACCGUGAGCGAGGCAAGAACCCGGGUCAGAGGCGCCGGCACUGAAAAGGCUUGACUUCAAACAACCUUUGUGAAGUCUUUGUGGACGCUUGUUGUAGCUUUGUUUACUGUAAAGCAUAUUUAUAACAGCAGAUCAAGAGACUCCUGAGGAGAGUUCCUCCCAGGGAAUGUUUCCGUCGCUCCCGGGAGGACAAGCCAAGCAGUCGUGCACUCUGCCUGAGCCAAGAAGGGAACACUAUGUCAACUGUAAUGCACAAGUUAGGCUAAAAAACCCCUGCACUGCUGCCUUCAGAGGACGUAAACAGGUGGGAUCCCGAGAGACAACCUGGUCUCCCAUCAGCAGGUCCCUGGAUGCUCCGCGGCGCUCCGUCCUCGGCCGCCCAGUUCUUCCCAAUGGCCGGGAGUUGACCACGCCCACAAGGAUGACGCUGCGCGAGCAGCUGAGAAAGAAGAUCUCGGCGGCCUUCUACCGCCACGGGCUGCUGUGUGCCUCCUACCCAGUACCCAUCAUCCUCUUCACCUCCGCCAGCAUCCUCACCUGCUGCUAUCCGUUACUGAGGCUUCCCUUGCCUGGGACCGGUCCUGUGGAGUUCACCACAGGAGUGCGAGACUAUAACGUUCCCUUCCAUGAGCCUCAGGGAGACCUAGGAGAACGGCCUGACUGGUACCACGGACCUCCGGUGGCGUACAUCCAGCAGGUGUUGGUGAAGGCGGCGGUGUCUCCAUGGGACAGCAGCCUGGUGCCGGUGGAUGUGUUUCGCUCACCUCUGGGGAAAGUUUUCAGCUUGCUGGAGGAGAUUCGCAACCACGUCCACACUGACAGCUCCGGCAUUCGCAGCCUGGAGGCUCUGUGUCUCCAGGUGACUGGCCUGUUUCCAGGGUUACGGCGAAUGCAGUCGGUGCUGCCAGAACACGGGUGUCUGCUCGUCUCUCCUGGUAACUACUGGCAGAACCAGAGGGAGCUGUUCGACUCAGACCCUGAUCUCCUCAGAACCAUCCAGAAACACGAACCCAAAGGACUACACACCUCAGCAACGCUGAGAGACCUGCUGUUUGGUGUCCCUGGAAAGUUCACUGGAGUCAGUCACUACAACAGGAAGAGGGUGGUGACAUACACCAUCACAGUGGUUCUGUCCCACUAUGAUGCAAGUUUUCUUAACAGUUUGCGGAUCCGCCUGAAGCAGCUUCACCCGUCAGCUAACUGCAGCCUGAGAGACGACCACAUGGUUCACGUCCACUUCAAGGAGGAGAUUGGCAUAGCUGAACUCAUCCCCCUCGUCACCACGUACAUCAUCCUCUUCGCCUACAUCUACUUCUCCACCCGUAAGAUUGACAUGGUGAAAUCCAAGUGGGGCCUGGCUCUGGCUGCCGUGGUGACAGUGCUGAGCUCCCUGCUCAUGUCUGUGGGACUCUGCACUCUGUUUGGACUGACACCGACGCUCAAUGGAGGUGAAAUCUUCCCUUACCUGGUGGUGGUGAUCGGCCUCGAAAACGUGUUGGUUCUCACCAAGUCAGUCGUUUCCACUCCGGUUGACCUGGAGGUCAAGCUCCGCAUCGCUCAGGGCCUUAGUAAUGAGAGCUGGUCUAUCAUGAAGAACAUGGCCACUGAGCUUUGCAUCAUCCUGAUUGGAUAUUUCACCCUGGUUCCAGCUAUCCAGGAAUUCUGUCUUUUUGCUGUUGUGGGUCUCGUUUCUGACUUCUUCCUGCAGAUGUUCUUCUUUACUACGGUUCUGUCUAUAGACAUCCGCCGCAUGGAGCUGGCCGACCUGAACCGUCGCCUUCCAGCUGAAGCUGGUCUCCUUCCACAAAAGCCGGUCCCCUUGAGAACCCGUGAGGUCCCCCCUCCACCACGACCCUCCCCACACACCAUCACCCUACAGACCCCAGCCUUCAGGAACCUGAGGCUCCCCAAAAGACUGCGUGUCGUGUACUUCCUGGCCCGCACUCGCCUGGCUCAGCGUAUCAUCAUGGUGGGCACUGUGAUCUGGAUUGGGAUCCUUGUCUACACCGACCCAGCCGGAAUCCGCACCUACCUGGCCGCUCAGGUGUCUGAGCAAAGCCCUCUGGGUGAUCACGGAGGAGGCGUCCUGCCUCCUCACCUGCCGGUAGCGCCUGUUUUUCGUGGCGGGGAUCCUACCAGCACUCUGAGUAUCCACCCUGCCCCCGAUCCAACCACCUUACCUGAGAACCAAUCACAGGGCCACCUUGGCCCAGCCAGGGCAGGACGCCUUCCUCACGCUCCACCCGCAGGGCCUCAGAUCACCUGGGGUGCGGAUGAUGAGGAGGGAUGGAGGAGGUUGUCUUUCAGGCACUGGCCGUCACUCUUCAGCUAUUAUAACAUCACUUUAGCUAAGAAGUACAUCAGCAUCUUACCCGUCAUUCCCGUCACCAUUCACCUGAACCCCCAGGAGGCUAUCGACAUGCGGCACCCUCAGGACACCAGACACCCCCCACCCUCCAUUCCCAAAGUUUCUGCAGAUUUCCAGACGGACCUGACGCUCUACAAAGUCGCUGCUCUUGGCCUGGCUGCAGGUGUUCUGCUGGUCCUUCUCCUCUUCUGUCUUUACCGGGUUCUGUGUCCUCGGAACUACGGCCAGAACGGCGUCGCUCACGGGCGCCGGCGACGAGGUGACCUGCCCUGCGAUGAUUAUGGUUACUCGCCACCUGUCAGUGAGAUCUCACCGCUGCUGCUCAGAGGCCACAGUAUGGACAUCGAGUGUUUGGCCAGUGAUGGGAUGCUGCUGGCUAGCUGUUGUCUGGCUGGACAAAUUCGUGUUUGGGACGCCCAGACGGGUGACUGUUUGACCGUCAUUCCAAAGCCAGGACUUGGACGGAGCAUCAGCAGCAGUGGCUGCUGGGAGCAGAGGGACGCCUGGGACAGCCUGAGUGGAGCUGCGGAGUCGGAAUGUGCAGACCCCUCCAACGGCUGCGACGGCGCCCUGGAGGAUGAGUGUUAUCCUCUCAGACGCCGCAGCGCACCCAGCCGGCCGCCGCUUUUCACCAAUCAGCCCGAUCUGACUCCGCUCAUUGACACCAACUUCGCCUCACUGCCACCCUCCAACGUCUCCACUCCACCCAGGGUGGGGUUUGACUUCGGAGGCCUGGUGGAGCGUGCCUACACCGAGCACGAGCCCCCCUCCACCUACCCCUCUCCUUCCUCUGCCUCCUCUUCACCUCAUUCCUGCACUCUGCUCCAGAGGAGUCCAAGUUUAGGAGACUCGACUGGGCCCUCAACCCAAGACUCUGCAGUAGGGACACAAGGGUCCGGAGACGUGAGCUCCGUCUGGGCCUUGGAGCUGAGAGGAAACCUGAUAGCUGCUGGGAGGAGCAGCGGCAAACUGGAGCUGUGGGAUGCAGUAGAAGGAUCCCUGCGCUGCAGCAACGAGGACAGCGUCUCUGGGAUCACCGCUCUGGCCUUCCUCAGCAACAGAAUCGUGGCCGCCCGGCUUAACGGGUCUCUAGAUUUCUUCAACGUGGAGAUCAACAAACCUUUAGGACUCCUGCACAGAGGUGCCCCUUGCCGAGGCUCUGUGCCCCCGUCUCCGUGUUACAGCAGUGAAGACGUGAUCAACUGCCAGCUCACGCGCUCGGUGCAGUGUGCUCACCACAAGCCGAUCACGGUGCUGCGAGCGGCCGCUGGGAGGGUCGUCACCGGCAGCCAGGACCACACCGUCCGGGUGUAUCGGCUGGAGGACUCGUGCUGCCUCUUCACCCUGCAGGGUCACUCUGGAGGGAUUACUGCCAUCUAUAUAGACCAGACGAUGGUUCUGGCGAGCGGCGGGCAGGAUGGCGCCAUCUGUCUGUGGGACGUCCUGACAGGAAGUCGAGUCAGCCACGUUUAUGGUCACCGUGGCGACGUCACCUCACUGGUCUGCACUAACUCUUGUGUCAUUAGCUCAGGACUGGAUGACCUCAUCUGCAUAUGGGACCGCAGCACUGGGAUCAAACUCUACUCCAUACAGCAGGAGGUGGGCUGUGGAGCCAGCUUGGGAGUGAUCUCCGAGUCCCUGCUAGUGACGGGGGGCCAGGGCUGCGUCUCCUUCUGGGACCUGAACUUUGGCGACCUGCUGCAGACCGUCUACCUGAGCCCGAGUGGUGACGGUCAGGGUGUUCGGCAGCUGCUGGUGCUUGACAACGCCGCCAUCGUCUGCGACUUCGGUAGCGAGCUCAGCCUGGUCUACGUGCCCUCUGUGCUGGAGAAACUGGACUGAGGUGGCUCAGCAGCUGGGCGGGGACGCGCGUGGUGAACGUGCACAAGGCGUGAACGUUGAACCCAAGUUUUUUAUAGCACUGAGAAGCUUGAAGUCUGGAUGUUGAGGGACAGAAAAUCAGAAUUUUCAGCCACCGCCGUCGCUGGAAGUUUCUCAUUUAAUAUUUUUUAAUGAGGUUUUUUUGUUUGUUUGUGGGUCUGCCCUUGAUGCUGCUGACAGGGGUGGGGCUUCACUCUGACCCCACCCUCUUAAAAAGGAGGAUGAAGUCACCUCCUCUUUAUUUUUCUUUUUUAUAUUCCUGCUGCAUCGGUGUUUUGACCGUGACGUGCAGCCAUGGUGAGUCUUGACAGAUGUGUGUGUGUGUGUGUGCGUAAAAGAAUAAUGAACAAUUCAGCCCCCUUUAAGGCAAAAACGGGAUGUGUGUGUGUGUGUGUGUGUGUGUGUGUGUGUGUGUGUGUGUGUGUGUGUGUGUGUGUGUGUGUGUGUGUGUGUGUGUGUGUGUGUGUGUGUGUGUGUGAGAGAGAGGGAGAACUGAUGAUUACUGUAUAACGUAAACCUCCAGUGGGGGAUGUUUUUAUAUGUAUAAAUCUAUUAUUUAUUAGCGAUACGUUUGAGUCACAGUUUGUUUAUAAACAGCUGGUUCCAGCUCUUAAAUGUAAAUAUCAGAGUGGUGAUGACUCAUGCAGGAGGAUGUUUGUUGGUGGAGUUUCUAACUGGUUUUUUUAUAUUCUGCUGGAAAGUGCUUGUUGUGAUGGACUUGAGAGAGUGUGUGUGUGUGUGUGUGUGUGUGUGUGUGUGUGUGUGUGUGUGUGUGUGUCUGGGGGGGGGUAAGUGUCAUCAGGCUACCUCUGUUCUCACUUGAACUUUAGAUGACUGAUGUCUUUCUGAGCUGUUCACAUUCCCACCUUAUCCUCCGAAAAUGUGCCCUUCUGAGAUUUUAUCAUGAAGUAAUUUUAUACCUAACACUCAACUCACUCAGAUUAAAACUUUUGCCCAUAGUGACAAACUAAAUUAGACCAAAGAUGAUUUUUCUUGAGUCACCUCCAAGUUACUGAUGGAUUUAAGAGGAUUUUUCAACCAAUUAUUGAAAAGAGGGGAAUAAUAUAUGUUUUCAUCAAGCUUCAAAUACAGGAAGUGAAGUUUUAGCAGUAUUACUGUAAGGCUGCGUUCACUGCAGGCAAAGUGCAUCAAAUCCGACUCGUUGCCCAAAUCGGACCCAGGUCCCUUUCAUAUCAGUCUGAACUAUCAUCCGGCCUUAAAUCCGACUCGUACGUCACCAAUGAACUAACUAAGGUGUCCCACUUUUCAAAUCAGCUAAACAUUUUGUUCCAGUUCAAUAAAAAAAGUUAAGAAUAAAACCGUUAUUUUGAUCUGAGAAACCGAACCGAACUAUUCUAAAAGUCAACAAACCAACGUUGUUUAAUCUGGUAAACUUCAGGAAAGGGAAUGGAAACACGUGGAAGUUAAGCUGAUCCUGGGUCAGAACUCUGGGACAACUACUCAUACAUAAAUGAGUGUAAAUGUUUCCUUUAUUGGGUUUUAUAUUAAAAAUAAAAAAGCUGCCACCUGCUCAGAGGGUCUUGCAUCGCAGCAUUUCUCCUGUGUUCAUCUGGUUAACGCGCUCUGUUCACCUUUAACCCCACACAACCGGUUCUCUUGGGAUGCAGCAAGCAACGUUUAAAACCAGGAAACGGUUUGUUCCAGAUCACGAGUUAAUUUAUUUAGGAUUUUUAGCAAACCCAUCUGAAGCUGCAUCCCACAGAAACAAGUCGUGUGGCCUCAGCGACGCCGCAGCAGCUGUUCUGGUUCCUGUUUGAGCCGCGGCGUUUCAUUUUAAAUAUUUUCGUUGGAGCUAAAGUUUGACUUUGUGGAGGGAACUGAGAAGUAAUCCCAUUACCCGUUAAACCAGCCACAUAUGCUUUUUAUUGAUAUUUCUAUUAACUUUAGAAAGUGAUUUUGCUCUUUUAAUAUUUGUUUUGACCAGUUGCCUAGCAACCAACAGAGCAGAGAUGACAGGAAGUUACAGAUAUUUGUUUUUUUGCACUUAAUAUGUAUUUGUAGCGAUCAGGCAGUAGACUUUAUAAAGAGCGUGGUUUCCUGUAGCAGCAGGUUGGUGACAAGUUACUGGACCUUUUAAAUCUGACUUUCAGGUCAUGAACGAGGUUUAGAUUCAUUUAAAUAAACACGUUCGUGUGUGUGUGUGUCGGUGUCUUCAGAUCAUGACGUUGUGGAUGCAGCCCUGACCUUUUUUAACAGAGGUGUGUGUGUGUGGGGGGGGGGGGUCUAUUUCCUGCAUCAUCCGAGUGAAUGUUAGAAGUCUGUUUACAGCGUUUUGUUCUGCAGCUGCUGUUUAAAGUAGAAAUGUCUCCUUUCAUUUCAUCACGUUGAACUGGAAGUGCAAACAUUCUCCUCCUCUCAUUGGCUGGCUUAACAGUUUUAUAACAAGAAACUUUGUACUAAUGUUCAAAUAAAGACGCUUUGAUACGA